ACGGUGAGGAGCUCCCAGAAGAGCGGCGCUUCUCCCUCCGCUCGAGGUGACAUGAAGGGAGGAAGACGGAUGGGGAGAACAGAGCGAGGCGGACGGUGCGAGGGGGGGAGGAGUCUCGGCCGUGGUGUGUGAAGCGCGCUCGUCCCCCCGCCCCCCAGCAGCAGCAGCAGCAGCAGCAGCAGCAGCACCAACACUACCACCACCACCACCACUACCACCCCACCCCCCCUCGGCCACCCGCCCCUGACUCCACUCUCGCCGCUCUCGCGCAGCGCACAGUCGGGAACGGAGGCUCGCAAUGGACACGGAAGGGAGCCAGAGCAGCCUGUCGUCCGCGGACUCUCCGCACGACCCCUGCAAAAUGUUCAUCGGCGGACUCAGCUGGCAGACGACACAAGAGGGACUCAAGGAGUACUUCUGCAAGUUCGGCGAGGUGAAGGAGUGCAUGGUGAUGCGGGACCCGGUGACGAAGCGCUCGAGGGGUUUUGGUUUUGUCACCUACGUGGACCAGGCGGGUGUGGAUAAGGUGUUGGCGCAGACGAGACACGAGCUGGACUCCAAAACCAUUGACCCCAAAGUGGCGUUUCCUCGGAGAGCUCAGCCCAAGCUUGUGACCAGAACCAAGAAGAUCUUUGUGGGGGGCUUGUCAGUGAAUACCACCAUUGAAGAUGUGAAGCAGUAUUUUGACCAGUUUGGAAAGGUUGACGAUGCCAUGCUCAUGUUUGACAAAACCACCAACAGGCAUCGAGGGUUUGGCUUUGUCACCUUUGAGAAUGAGGAUGUAGUGGAGAAAGUGUGCGAGAUUCACUUCCAUGAGAUCAACAAUAAGAUGGUGGAAUGCAAGAAGGCCCAGCCAAAGGAAGUUAUGUCACCAACGGGCUCAGCAAGAGGCCGCUCCAGGGUGAUGCCCUAUGGCAUGGAUGCCUUCAUGUUGGGGAUUGGAAUGCUGGGUUACCCAGGGUUCCAAGCAGCGACUUACGCUAGUCGAGGUUACACUGGAAUCACCCCUGGAUACACCUAUCAGUUUCCAGAAUUCCAUUUAGAGAGGACCCCCCUUCUGACAUCAUCCCACCCCCCCGAGAUCACAGCCAUUCCCCUGACGGCUUAUGGACCAAUGGCGGCGGCUGCUGCAGCAGCAGUAGUUAGAGGCUCCACCCCAUCUCGCACAGCAGGGUUUCUGGGUACCAGCAGCCCCGGGCCAAUGGCAGAUCUCUAUGCGGCAGCCAACCAGGACUCUGGGGUCAGCAGCUACAUCAGUGCCGCGAGUCCGGCACCCAGCACUGGAUUUGGUCAUGGCCUUGGGGGUCCUCUAAUUGCCACUGCCUUCACCAACGGCUAUCACUGAGCAAGGUUGUGUACACAGGACAGCAGAGGUGUUCGUGCUGCUUUGAGCCAGUCAGACUGCUGGGUGUCUUCGUUACGGCGCAGCACUAUUGGCCACCGCAGCUGCAGCGUGACCCCCCCCCCCCCCCCC